AUGCAUAUGAAUUCCAAGUGGCAUAAAGAUGUAAUAGAAAAGUCAAAUAAUUUCAUUAGUGUUGUGACAAACAAAACUAAAAGUGUGGAAGAAUUCGCCAACGAGAAUCUUCCGAAAUUAGUACAAACUAAUCGUGCAAAGUUAAAAUCAAUUGUUUCUUGUGUAUUGUUUUGUGCAUUACAUGACUUACCUUUAAGAGGAGAAACAAAUUCAAAUGCUGUAUUUGAUGAUUUGUUACAAUUUAGGUUACAGUCAGGUGACGAAACACUGUGGAACCGUUUUGAGGGUGCACCUAAGAAUGCUACCCAUGUUUCUCAUAGAACCCAAAAUGAUUUAUGUGCCAAAGUACUAAGAAAUGAUUUGAUUAAUACCAUCAAUAACAGAGAAUCAUUUUCAGUUUUGGCAGACAAAUCAAUGGAUAUUGCAGGCACAGAACAACUUUCUCUUUCUGCGCGUUAUUUUGACCAUGCAACUAAUGUUGUCAGAGAAGACUUCCUUGGAUUUACACCAUUAGCAAGGUUAGAUGUAAAACAUAUCUCCAACACAAUAAUAUCUACUUUAUCUGCUUGGGAAUUAAAUCUAGAUAAUAUGGUAGGACAAGGCUAUGACGAGUGCAGUAUGAUGGCCGGUAAAAUUGGCAGAGUGCAGAUGAUUAUUGCUGAGAAAUAUCCCAAGGCUCACUUCUAUCGUUGUGCUAGCCAUAGACUUAAUUUAGUUGUGAAUGAUUUGAACACCUUACCAGAGUUUAGAAAAGCCAUUGGUACUAUCAAAGAAGGAAUUUCUUUUUUCUGGGGGAGCAAGCAAAGGAAAGUCCUAGUUGGGAACCUUCAAAAACUGUGUGAGACACGCUGGUCUGAGAAGCAUAAGUCUAUAAGGAAAUUUAAUGAUAAGUUUUUAGAAAUUGUUGAAGCAUUACCAAUUUUACAUAAAGAAGGAGAUCGUGAAACUAGUCAGAAAGUCUGGCAACUAUACUGCACACUUACUUCUCCAACAUUUAUUCUUACAUUAAAAGUCAUAGCAAAAUAUUCAGCCAAACUAGAACCUGUCACCAAUAUCCUACAAUCAGUAAACAUUAACUUGUUAGAAGUUUCAGAACACAUUCAAGGAAUUGUAAAAAUGUUAUUGGAUGACAGAGAAAAUGUGGAAGCUGAAUUUGAAAUGAUAAUGAAAAGUGCUGAAAGUAACUAUAGUGCACUGUGA